AUGGCCCGCCGCAUCGUCCGCACCCUCACUCAGAUUGGCGCCUUUUUCGUGCUCGUCUGCGUGCUGGUCUUCCUAGCCGAUUCGCGCUACAGGGUAUUACCUGACUCGAUCCACUCGGCACUUCCCUCCCAUCAUGCUGGCAAUGUGAUCACGGACGUGACCAUCGCGACUUGCUCGUCGGUCAAUCCCCUAUCGACCUGCCGCCUGGAUCCUGCAAAAUGGAGUCGCAUCGAAAAAGAUCUCUACUUGGGGAGCGGCUGGUUGAGCAGUGCCUACGUGCACGUGCAGCGCAAGAAAGAAGAAGAGCUUACCGUGGAUGACAGAGUCAUCAUGGACAUUAAAAUUGGGAGGCUUGCGCCAGAGGUCGGAGACAAAGAGCAUGGGGCAUCGUGGGAGAGUAGACCUGGUGGAAUUCACAUCCUGCGUAGCAGCAAACGCCAUGACAGUGACUCUGACAAGGCCAUCACUGCUGUGGAUGUCUUGUUUGGCUCGGACGCAGUCGAUCCUAGACACAACUGGGAGCUGGCUCAGGUUCCACUUCUCUUGGAUGGUUCCAACAGUAACCGCGCUGCGAGGCUCAGCUUACGACGUGGUAGGCCCAAGUCGGAGCAUAGGAGCAUUCCCGUACCGCGUGUCCGCAAGGAUGGAAAGUUCAAGAUCUUACAGGUGUCUGAUGCACAUCUAUCUACGGGCACGGGCGUCUGUAGGGACGCCAUUGGAGAAGGAGACAGGCCCAGCACGCAUUGCGAGGCUGACCCUCGGACGCUGGAAUUUAUAGAGGCCAUACUCGAUGAUGAGAAGCCCGACUUCGUCGUCCUGUCUGGGGAUCAGGUUGAAGGACCCACCGCUCCUGAUACGCAGAGCGCAAUCUUCAAAAUCACAGCACCGUUGAUUGAACGAUCCAUACCAUAUGCUGCCAUAUUCGGCAACCACGACGACGAAGGUGGCCGCUCUUUGCGACGUUCCUCGCAGAUGGAGUUAAUGGAGACUCUACCUUUCAGCCUGAGCCAUGCAGGUGCCGAAGAAGUUGAAGGCACUGGCAACUACUAUGUUGAAAUUCUGGCUCCAAACUCCGAGCACUCGGCGCUGACAUUGUAUAUGCUGGACACUCACUCCCUCACGCCGGACGAAAAACACUACAAAGGGUACGACUGGCUGAAACCGAGCCAGAUUGAGUGGUUCCGCACCACUUCGCAGACCCUGAAAAAAAGCCAUACCCACAGCAAGUAUAGCCAUAUCCACUUGGAUUUAGCAUUUAUCCAUAUUCCCCUGCCCGAGUAUGCAGAGAAGGAGAACACCAUCGCAGGCGGCGAGUGGAAGGAGCGAGUCACAGCUCCCUCGUACAAUAGCCACUUCUAUGAUGCCCUCGUGGAGGAGGGAGUGGUCGCGGUAGGAUGUGGUCACGACCACGUCAAUGACUAUUGUGCUCUACGUCCUCAAAAACCAACAGCGCGUGAUGCUCCCGCAGAUGCGCCAGAGACACACCACCAGGGAAGGAAGAACCGCUUGGGUCCAUGGAUGUGCUAUGCGGGCGGAUCAGGGUUUGGUGGAUACGCCGGUUAUGGGGGAUUCCAUCGGCGAGUGAGGGUCUGGGAGGUCGACACUAACGCUGGGCGCUUGGAGACCUGGAAACGGGUGGAGUGCUGCGGUGAGGACACGAAGAAACGCAUCGAUGAGGUUGUGUUAGUCGAGGGAGGCAACGUAUUGGCCGAACCGUCUUGA